AUGGCAGAUGAUCCGAUUCCCUUUCUACACAAUUAUUUCCAAGCUGGUGGUUUUAUCAUUGGUGGUAUCACAUCUCUUAUCACCAUCCCUACAACCCCUCCUACUUUCAAUGAAGCUCCCCACCAUUCAUUCAAUGAUGAAUUUCUUGUUCUUACCAAGUACUAUCAACAUAUUUUGGCUUUGGUAUUUGCUGUGAAGGAGAUCAAUGAAACCCCUCAUAUCUUACCGAACAUCACUCUAGGAUGCAGAAUGUAUGAUAACUAUGCUGGAAGAUAUACAUCGUAUGCCACUAUAAAACUUUUCUCCAGACAGAAGAAAUUCAUCCCCAAUUAUAAGUGUGAAAUCCAGAACAAACUCCUUUCAGUCAUUGGAGCACUUUAUUCUGGAAUCUCUUUCACGAUGGCACGUAUUUUGAGCAUCUACAAAGUUCCACAGAUCACAUAUGGUUCUCCUCUACAUAAGAAUGAUAAUUCUGAAGCACAUUCUUUCUAUCAGAUGGCCCCAAAUGAAUCCUAUCAAUACAGGGCAAUUGUGCAGCUUCUUUUGCACUUCAGAUGGAAAUGGAUUGGAAUCAUAUUUAAAGAUGAAGAUGGAGAAAGAUUUGGACGUACUAUUUCCUCCAUGUUUUCUCUUCACAGAAUUUGUGUUGCUUUCUUGAAAAGACUCAAGCCAUUUUAUCUAGGUACUGUUCUUGAUGAUCUGGAUUGGCUAGGGGAAAUGUACCUUUUCUUUAUGAGAAGUAAUGCCAAAGUCGUGAUAAUUUAUGAAAGAAAUAUUGUGAUUUUGAGAACAUUACUCUACCUACCAGAAAUGGAAUUUGUGCCUAAGAAACCAAAAGGGAAAGUGUGGAUCUUGGUGGCUCAGAGUGAUCUUGCAUCAUAUUCCUAUCAAAGGAAAUGGGAUAUCCAAGUCCUUCAUGGUGCUCUGUCUCUCACUGUUCAUUCAAAUGAAGUUCCAGGUUUCCAACAGUUUCUUCGGACUGUAAACCCUUUCUUAUCUAAAAAUGAUGGCUAUUUCAAAGAUGUGUGGAUACAUGCAUUUGACUGUGCAUUUCCCAAACUUCUAACCAAGGAACCUGAUGACACUUGCACUGGGCAAGAAAAACUGGAGACACUUCCUGGAGGUUUUUUUGAAAUGAGUAUGAGUAGCCAUAGCUACAGUGUAUAUAAUUCAAUCCAUGCAGUAGCACAUUCCAUACAGGCCAUAUGGUCAUCUUCCUUCAGACGCAGAGGGAAUGCAUUCGAACACACAUUUCUUCAAGAUCUGCAGCCAUGGCAGCUCCAUUCCUUCUUAAAACGAGUCACAUUUAACAACAGUGCAGAAGAUCAGGUUUCUUUUGAUCAGAAUGGAGAAUUGAUAACUGGAUUUGAUAUUGUAAACUGGAUCACAUUUCCAAACCAAUCCAUUCAUAAAAUCAAAGUUGGGAAACUAGAGCCUUGGGCAUCUUCUAGCAAGGUGUUUACCAUUCAUGAGGAUGCCCUUACAUGGCCCAGCAGUUUUAACCAGACUGUGCCCAUUUCAACUUGUACAGAUAGCUGCCUCCCUGGUUAUUUCAAACAAAAACAAGAAGGGAAACAGUUCUGCUGUUAUGAUUGCCUCAUCUGUCCUGAAGGGAAAAUAUCAAGCCAGCAUGAUAUGGACAACUGCUUAGAAUGCCCCCAAGAUCAAUAUGCAAGCAAGAAACGUGACUCAUGCAUUAGGAAGACAAUCACCUUCUUGUCCAAUGAUGAUCCUUUAGGAAUGAGCUUAGCUAUAUUAGCUAUUUCCUUUUCUCUCUUCACUCUUUUGGUGCUAGGAACAUUUUUGAAAUAUCAUCACACCCCCAUUGUCAAAGCCAACAAUCGGGAUCUCACCUACAUGCUCCUUGUAUCUCUAUUGUUCUGCUUCCUCUGUACAUUACUAUUCCUCAUUCCACCUGGGAAUAUAAUUUGUCUUUUUCGACAAAUCAGUUUUGCUAUUGUCUUCUCUAUGGCUGUGUCUUGUGUGCUGGCCAAAACCAUCAUUGUGCUUUUAGCAUUCAUGGCCACCAAACCAGGAUCCAGGGUACGGAAGUGGGUGGGGAGGAAACUGGCUAUUUCUAUUGUCCUUUCUUGUUCCCUUAUUCAGGCAGCAAUUUGUACAAUUUGGUUGGCAACAUUUCCUCCCUACCCAGACAUGGACUUACACUCAGAAACUGCAGAAAUUAUAUUGCAAUGCAAUGAAGGUUCAUCUAUUAUGUUUUACUCUGUCCUGGGUUAUAUGGGCUUCCUGGCAACUUCCAGUUUUACAGUGGCCUUUCUUUCUAAGAAUCUCCCCAGCAGUUUCAAUGAAGCAAAAUUUAUCACUUUCAGCAUGUUGAUCUUUUGUAGUGUUUGGGUAUCUUUUGUUCCAAGCUAUUUGAGCACCAAGGGGAAGUACAUGGUGGCUGUGGAAAUAUUUUCCAUCUUGGCCUCAAGUGCUGCACUAUUGGGUUGCAUCUUUUUCCCAAAAUGUUUCUUAAUUUUUCUGAGGCCACACUUAAAUGUCAGGGAAGAGUUAAUAAGAAAAAAACUUUAA